GAAUGCGCUCUUCGCAGCGAGCAUGGGCGUGGGCGAUGGCGGGGCUUGGCUUGUGCAUGGCGGUCUUGAUGGUAGUGAGUCGAGCAACAUCAAGACGGUCAAGCGAUGAAAUGGUCGGCGUCGGGAUGAGCUAUCCCAACGAUCAUGCGGCAUACUUCGUUCAGCCUGCAUACUUGAGACCCAGGAACCACAUCCUGAUGGACUUUAGACGCUCUAACUCUCGCAAGAGUGUCCUGCCAUACUUCGCACGCUCAAACGUUGGACAGACAUUAGCUGAAACUCGGAUGGCUUUGCCACUUGCAACCCAGAGCUACGAGAGUUUUUUCCAUCCUGUAGCUCCAAGUGAUCUUGGACACAUGCUGGAACAGGAGCAGGCAGCGUCCACCAACGAAGAGCACGCUGAAGAGCAUCGUUGCUAUGGCCUUGUGCACGCUUGUGUCAACUGGAUGGCGCUGAAUGCAAAAAAGAUGAGGGUGAUUGUGUAUGAAGGCGGAUCUUGGUGCACAGAUGACGAGCUCGCGAGUCAAGCUUGCUACAAUGAGCCAAAAACCAUCUCCGAGGACCAUGUGUACGAUAUCCCAGCGAAUGGAGAGACGUUCCCAGAUGGCAUGUGGAGCACGAUGUUGAAGACCUGCCCGUUCCUGUCUGGGUGCUCGAAACCUGAGUCUUUCUCUGACACCGAGUCGAAUGGGGAGAUGAAGCAGGCCAUGAGCGCUGUGCUCGAGUUCCAUCGAGCACGACAGGGUAUGCUCAGGCAGGUUGACUCCUGUUGUAUCGAUAGGCAGCAAGCGAAGCUUGCAUCUUUGAAACGAUAGUAAUUCAUGUUGCAAUCUAUAAAAAAAGAAUACAUC